UCAUGUGCUUUUAUUUUAUUCUCAACCACUGUACUGAUUAAAUAAGAUUAUGCUUGUUUAUUCUUUAUUAGGGUAAGGUUGCUAUCGAUGGGCCGGCUCCUUCGAUGGGCCACCUCCAUUAUUUUGUAGUUAUUGACAGUAGGCUCUACAUUGUGACUGUUUAGUGUACUACAUGAAGCUUGAAAAUCGCCAUCUUGACUGUGAGUUGAUCCACGCACAGACAAGGUUCCUAUGCAAGAAGAUGCUGCUAGGAGUGAAAUAUGGUAAAUGGGAGGAAGAUGAUAUGAGUCGUGCAUUUGAUUCAGUGCGAAAUGGUGACAUGGGCGUGAAUGAGGCUGCCAGAACAUAUGAUGUUCCGAGGGCAACGUUGCAGAGACGUUUAAAGGUAACAAACUGUUUUGCAGUGGAGCAUAAAAAAAUAAUAGGUAGCACGGGUGACCUAGUGUCUCGUGUCAUUAAACUGGAGGAAUUUUUGUUUGGGAUAACACCUCGGGAGUUGCGCGUCCUAGCUUUGGAGAUCGCACAAAAGGAAUCAAAUUCCACACCGCUUAAGUCAAGAAAAAAAAAUAGCUGGCAAGAAGUGGUAUUAUUCCUUUAUGAGAAGACAUCCUGAGCUCAGUUUGCGUCAACCAGAGUCGACAUCCUUUGCUCGGGCUAAAAAUUUCAAUAAAGAGAUUAACCAUUUUUUUUUUUACUUAUUAGGGAGGGUUGUUGACGAGAAUAAACUCGAUGCAACUCGAGUUUUCAACGCGGACGAGACAGGCUUGUCAACAGUCCAUAAGAAACCUCGAAAAGUUCUUACUUUGAAGGGCAAGAAGGCUGUAGGAUCCACUGCCAGUGGGGAAAGAGGCUCUACUACAACAGCAGUUUGCUGCGCGUCUGCCGCUGGACAGUAUGUCCCACCACUUCUAAUUUACAAACGUACAUGUUCUGCAGAAGGAUUAGAAGAUGGAGCUCCACCUGGAACCAUUUUUGCAUACAAUCCCGAAAGUGGAUUCAUAAAUAAAGAUAUAUUUGUACGGUGGCUAAAACAUUUCAUCGAAGUAGUCCACCCUUCGAAGAAAAAAAAAGUUUUACUCCUUCUUGAUGGGCAUUGUACACACACCAGAAACCUCGACGCAUUAGAAAUUGCUCGAGAAAAUGGUGUAAUCAUGCUCUCACUCCCGGGUCACACAACCCAUAGAUUGGAACCCCUUGACGUUUCGUUCUUCAAGUCAUUGAGCAGUUAUUACAGCAAUGAAAUGGAGAAGUUUCUACGACAAAAACGGAGCGAAGGGAAAACAGAGGUUGUCACCCAGUUCCAUAUAGCAAGAUCUGGAUACGUUUUGGUUGGCAAUAAGGAGUGGAUACCCGGCUAUCUCCGAGAUGGCAGUUAAUGUGUUAUUGC